AUCUGACUACUGCUUCGUGACGUCACCACUCCAAUCAUUGCUGACCGGCUCAGCUGAGGUUCCUUCUUUAUAAUUGGCGCCAGUGGAAGCGGGCCAUGGCGUCUCUUUGUGUUCCAGGUCUCCGUCGACUGCCGUGAGUAAGUAGCUGCAGUGGGCCGCGGUGGGGAAUUCCGUCUCCGGCUGUGAAAAUGGCCACGACCGGAUUCUGCGACUCCAAGCCGCUGCUGGACUUACACAAGGCAGACGAGAGGCGAGCCCUCAAAAGGACUUGGCCGACGACCUGUGGGCCCACAGUUUGCUGGCAGUCAGUGGACGUGUCUGAGUCCAGGCUGGUGCCUGUAAAGAGGGAGCCAGAACCCAGAUGGGUACCUGUGCUGCCCUCCCUCUAUACAGACAGGUUGUUAUCAACCAAAAUGAGCAACGGCAUCAUUGUGGGGUUUAAUGAUGAAACAUGGAUGUUCUCAUCUGGCGGCAACAUUCCUGCCAAAGCAGAUGUAUGUCUGGAGGAGCCUUUGUGUCUUUACCCUCGCAGUCUGCAGGGCGUCCACAGCCUCCAGGCGCUGGUGCCCAGCCUGCUGCGCCAUGAAGUGGAGAUCGCCCUCGAGAAGCUGGACCUGAUAUGGGACCGUACGUUCGCCUGGGAAAUGUUCGUGGACAUGAUGAGAAGUCAAAUAUGUCACUCUUUGCCCAACGCUGAGCUGCCACGAUACUUCACUGACACCACUCGAGCUGUCCUGGUCGACUGGCUUGUUCAAGUCCAUGAGAUGAUGCGCUUCCAGGAGGAGACGCUCUAUCUGGCUAUUCAUCUCCUCAACCGCUCUCUCCGUCAAGUCAAAGUGACCACCGCCAACCUGCAGCUCCUCGGCAUAGUCUGCCUCUUUCUGGCUGCUAAGAAAGAGGAGUGUCUCCUCCCUGAGGUGUCUGGACUGUGCUUCUUAAUGGACCAUGCCUACACCAAGCAACAGCUGCUGCGUAUGGAGAGGAAAGUCCUCAUUGGGCUUAGGUUUAACUUGUCCUACUGUCCCCCUUUGCAUUUCCUACUGCUGCUUGCAUCCAUCGCCCGCUGCAGUGCUCAGAUGGUCUGGAUGGCACGCUACCUGCUAGAGUUGUCUCUCCUGGAGGGUCAAUGUGCGGUCUUUCUGCCCAUGCAGUUGGCGGGGGCGGCGCUUUGCUUGGCCCGCCAAGUCCUGCAGGAGCCCCUGACCCCGGAGGGUGAAGCCGCCUGGUGUCUAGCCUCUGGCAUACACGCUGGCAGUGAGACCGUCCUGCUGAGGAUAAUGCAAAUUCUGGCUGGCGCUGCAGCCAGAGCGCACACCCGAGAGACCUGUGCUACUUUUAUCAAAUUCUCCUCCCCGGAAACCAUGCACGUCAGCAGACACCCUAGUCUUAAUAAUACCUCUGAUCUGCUGGGUGUGUGCACUUGACUGACACUUGUGUCCCAAUGCUACACAAAGAUUACACUUGAAU